GAGCGUGACUGUUUACAUCGAGCGUGGCAUGAUGCUUCAGAGUGAUUGUCAGUUGUAGGAACUUUCCACCAGUUUUCCUGUAACUUUGGGGAGGAUGACCAUGGAUAUGACUUUCCUCGGGACCGGCUCGGCCUACCCGUCUCCUCACCGCGGUGCCUCGGCUCUGGUGCUGCGGACGGAGGGGGACUGCUGGCUGUUUGACUGCGGAGAGGGAACCCAAACGCAGCUGAUGAGGAGCCCGCUCAGAGCCGGUCGAAUCACCAAGGUUUUCAUAUCCCACUUGCAUGGAGAUCACCUGUUUGGUCUGCCUGGUCUCCUUUGCACUGUGAGUCUCAACACCAACCCUGACCCACAGCAGAACCUCAACUGUGUGGACAUCUAUGGGCCUCGGGGGCUCCGGCACUUUCUCAGGGUUACACUUGGCCUCACAGGGUCUCAGCUGCUCUUCCCUUAUGCAGUACAUGAGCUGGAGCCCACCCCUGAACAGAGUCCGGAAGAGGGACAGCUCAGUCUGGAGAUGACAGCAGAGUGUGGUCCUCCACACCCACAGGAGAGACCAGGCAGGACAAUCUCCCUGGAUGUCUCCAGUGACUGUUACGUCCUCUUUGAAGACAAGAAGUUUGUGGUCAAAGCCUUCAGGUUGUUCCACCGCAUCCCUUCCUUUGGUUUUUGUAUUCAGGAGCAUGAUCGUCCCGGAAGACUGAAAACUGAACUACUGAAGGAACUGGGGCUGAAACCGGGGCCUCUCUAUGGCCGUCUCAAAGCUGGAGAGUCCGUAACUUUGGAGAGCGGGCGUGUUGUUCUCCCUAGUGAGGUCCUGGAAGAAACCAUUCCAGGGAGGAAAGUCUGCAUUUUAGGGGACUGUAGCUCAGUUCUGGGAGAAGGACCACUGAGUUUGUGCAACGGAGCGGACAUUCUGGUUCAUGAGGCGACUCUGGGGAACGAGCACCGGGAGAAAGCAGUGGACCACGGACACAGUACACCUGAUAUGGCAGCAGCGGUGGCUCGGGCUUGCUGUGUGCGGAAAUUGGUGCUGUACCACUUCAGUCAGAGGUACAAACCCAGCUCCCUGUGGACGGAAGGAGAUGAGGACAAUGUCUCAGAGCUCAAGAGACAGGCUGAAGAAGCGCUACAGGACAGUGGUGUAGAAGUGACUCUGGCUGAAGACUUUCUGACUUUGCCAAUUCCUCUGAGAAGGUAACAAGGUACCAAGGUACUGAAAAGGUAAUGAAAAACCAGUUGUUAGCACUCAAAGGCAGACAUUUUUACCAUCCUGUGAUUUUCAAAUUACAUAUACAGAAAAUACAGUUUCUUUUUCCACAUUUAAUGUUUUUGGCAAUUUAAGAUUUUUAUUGCGCUUUUUAUCAAAAAACCCUGAAUUAGUCAAACAUGACAAAAUAAAAAAUGUCAGCUUAAGGUUCACUUACUUGCUUGUUCUGGAGCUUUUGGCGAUAUCAGACACUUCCAUCAGCAGCUGGAGUUUGCCUAGUUAUCACGGAAGUGUAAAUUCAUAUUAUUGUUCAUGUUGUCGUUUAAAAGUUAAUCAUGACAGGUUAUUCUUGACCUUCAACAGCAGAUGUACCGUCAAGCUCAACUUGUAAGCUAUAGUAUGGAUGACAUGCCUAAGCGAGAAGUCCUCCAACAAGAUUUCAAUUCAAUUUAAAUACUAGAAAUCACAGUGAAAUUGUAUGAAUAAUUAUGAGUCAUUUCUGUCAGUAAUGCAUAACCACAAUAUAACUCAACACUGAAACCAAAUCUUUCCAUAUGAAUCAGCUUAACUCUUCUGUGUAAUGAUAAAUAACAAACAUGCGAUCAUCUCUGAACCUUUUCCAGAGCUUUAUUUCUGGAUCUGUACACAAGGUAUUAAAGUACAACAGAAAAUACAAAAUAAUGUUUAACAAAAGAAAAAAAAAAAAAACAACUCAAUGCUUAUGUACAAUUCUUAUAAACAAUAAAGAUAGCUUCUUGAACAUUU